CCGGAACAAAGAGCUUGCCAGGAUCCGCGCCUCUUGGCAUUUUGAAGAAUGCGCAACUGGAGCAACUUUCGCUUUCGAUGGCUGGUGCGAGCACGACAGUAGAGAAAAGCUUCACCACUUGAGUACUCUUACUUUGGAUAUUAAAGGAAAAAGUUGAUGUACAACAUCAUACACAGAUAGCGAUACACUACUUCACAUCAUGGCGACUAGCAAAGCAGGAAAGGGUAGUCAGGAAGCAGCUCCGGUGUCCGCUUCGUCGACGAAAGGUAAGGGAUCUCGAGCAGGCGCGGCGGCACCAACGGAGGGUGACAAGAAGAAGGGCACCGGUCACGGCGCCGUUGCUCAAGAGGAUACCGCCCGGCCUGCAAAUGCUGAUAAAAAAGGCGACAAGUGGCAGUCGGCGUUGCACGGAGAGUCGUCGGAGUUGUUGAAUAGGAAGAGAGAAGAUGCGUUUUCCAACUUUAACUUCACCAGUUCUAGUACGGGCAGACACAGGAGGCGUCAGCAAAUGCAAAGGUACACCAAAACGUGGUCGGAGAGUGCAAACACUUAUGUUUGGAGUGACGGCAAAACCUAUUGGGUAUGGGACUACGACAAGUGGACCUGGAAAAUGCUCGACAAAACCCCGGAAGACAUGGCGUCGAGAGCGAGUACUACAGGGGUUGCGGGAAAAGAGGGUCGCAAGAAAGACACGGAACAAGCAGAUCAGUCAACACGUCGUACAGAUCAGGACUCCGUCGACGCACUCGCUGAACAGAUGGGAAACAUGUCGCUGGGGGGCGGGUCAGCUCCGUCUACUCAGACCACGAAAGUCGACCAUUCCGGGCCGAAACGCAGCAUUGAGAGAGGCGACGAACAAGGCGCCGACGAGCCCAGGCCCGAAAGCACGGUGGUACCUGCACGGCGGAUGAUUUUGACAAAUUUAGGAAUUCGGCUUACGCCAGAGCAACGAAAAGAGGAAAUCGAGUUUUGGAAAGAGACAGAGCGGAGAAAGCGGAACGCACGGUCUUCAAAUGCAAAUGCGGAAAAGAAGACAGAUGAUACUAAAACAGAAACAAACGACGAAAGCGGCAAAUAAACAAGAAUCGAAGAGAUACAGGAGAAAUUAAGCGCAAGCCAAAUGCGUGCUCGCGUUUGCCGAUGCAAGCAAG